AUGGAUGUCACUCGCCUGCUCCUGGCCACCCUAGUGGGCUUCUUAUGCUUCCUUACCGUCUACAGUCACCUGGGACCCGAGGAGACGCUCAGCGAUGACCGGAGUCUGAGAAGCAACUCCUCCGUGAACUCGUUGGAUUUCUCUUCAGUUUCGAUAGUGGCGCUGAACAAGAAAUCCAAUAGGAUCAGCAGAAAAGAAGCCGAGAAACGGAAGAGAUCGUCCAAGAUGAACGCUUCGCUGAAGAAGGAGGCACGGCCCCCGCCACCCACGCCCUGCGUGGCCACCCGAGACAGCUGCAAGCCGCCUGCGCCCGCCUGCUGCGACCCGUGCGCCUCCUGCCAGUGCCGCUUCUUCCGCAGCGCCUGCACCUGCCGCGUACUCAACCCCUACUGCUGA